UCAAAGAAAUAAACCGGUCCAGAAGGAGUGAGAUUACGCAAGCGCUGAUCGCUAAACCUUCCUUCAUUCUUUCUUCUUCACCGUUUCGCCGACAGAAAUAAGCAUUUCAUUUAUUUUCCAUUUUAUUAUUAUAUAUAACAUAAAAUCUUCUUUGCUUCCCUAAUUUUGUUCUGAGGUUCAUUCCUCCUCUGAAGUAACGAAUAAUCAUCGAAAUAAAAAUGCCAGGAUUAUCUUGCAACGCUUGCAACACCGAAUUCAACGAUGACGCAGAUCAAAAGCUUCAUUACAAAUCCGAGUGGCAUCGCUACAAUCUCAAACGCAAGGUGGCUGGGGUUCCCGGGGUGACAGAAGCAUUGUUUCUAGCUAGACAAUCUGCACUUGCUCUAGAGAAAGAUAAAUCUAAUGAAACCCCUAUGCUCUAUAGCUGUGGCCUAUGUGGUAAGGGUUAUAAAAGCUCUAAAGCUCAUGCCGAGCAUCUUAAGUCGAGAACUCAUAUGAUGCGGGCUUCUGAAGGAGCUAGUCAUUCUGAUGGGAAGGCUAUAAUUAAGCCACUUCCACAACGCGUUGUGAAUAAGCCUCCUCCUAGAAAAGUGCCAGAUAACUCUGCUGAAAGUGAAGAAAGUGAAGAUGAAUGGGAGGAGGUUGGUUCCGAUGAUGAUCUUAUUGAUGCUGCUGCAAAGUCCUUGACAGAUAUGAACAUGGACGAGAAUGCUGAUAAUGAUGAUAUGGAUGAAGAUGAUGAUGUCGGAGAGGACUUAGAUCCGUCGUGUUGCUUUAUGUGUGAUCAAGAGCACAAAACAAUUGAAAACUGCAUGGUUCACAUGCACAAGCACCAUGGAUUCUUCAUUCCUGAUGUUGAGUAUCUGAAAGAUCCGAAAGGGCUCCUCACUUAUCUUGGACUGAAGGUCAAAAGGGAUUACCUGUGUCUGUACUGCAAUGAUCGGUGUCAUCCUUUCAGCAGCUUGGAAGCAGUCAGGAAACAUAUGGCAGCUAAAAAUCACUGUAAAGUGCAUUAUGGUGAUGACGAUGAUGAGGAGGAAGCAGAGUUGGAAGAAUUCUAUGAUUAUACCAGCAGUUAUGUUGAUGAUCAAGGGAAGCAGCUGGUUGUAUCCGGUGAUGGGGAUAAUAAUAUAGAACUUAGUGAUGGGUCUGAGCUCGUAAUUACUAAGAUGUCUGGUGAUAGAAAAUCAACCAGAACUCUAGGUUCCCGUGAAUAUUUGCGCUAUUAUCGUCAGAAACCACGGCCAUCACCAGAAAACAACAAUGCCAUCACUGCUGCAUUGGCUUCAAGGUACAGAAGCAUGGGUUUGGCCACUGUCCAAUCAAGGGAGCACUUUGUGAGGAUGAAAAUCUUGAAGGAGAUGAACAAGUCAGGUGUGGAGCAUAUGCGUAGCAAGAUGGGGAUGAAGAGCAAUGUCAUCCGGAACCUGCCAAACAAUGUCACAUAUUAGUGCUCUAACUCUCUGUUUUGCUGGCUGUGUCAUUUCAAGUGGUGCAAUGUAAUAGUUUUAAAGCUACAAGUUUUUGUUUCUCUGUAGUAGUUUUACAUUUCUGUCAUUGGUCAUCCAAAGGUACCGUUUGUGUUCAAUGGAAUGAUUGUUAAGUGUGGUAUCAUCAGCAUCGUGAACGUUUUUGGUUGAUGCAAUUUUGGGGAGAAAUAAUUACCAUGUAAUAUUACAGGAAAUCAUAUGCAAAGUUUAGCCAUGGGACAAUGAUGGCACCAAAUUAAGUUGAAAUUUUAGUGGUUUUGUUUAUUUUUCUUUUUGCUCCUCUAGUUAUGACCAUAGUUGUGUGUGGGGUAUUGACCGAAUAUUUUGACAUACA